GUGUGUAUAUUGUGUGUAUUGCCCUCGCCUCCAUUUCCGACAACUACUGUUCAAAAGGCGAGCUCAAAUUGGACUCUUCUGUUGAGAAUACCUCGAUAUCCUGCACCAUUUUUGGAAGAUAAGGUUUAAGAUGGAGGACGAAGUUGACGAAGGAGAAGUAUCUAAAGUUCGUAUCCUGGAGAGUUUACGAAUUAACAUUGGAGAAGCAAAGAACCUACCGUCCGCUAAAGAUUGUUACUGCACAGUGCAUCUAGAUCAGGAAGAAGUGUAUCGCACUGGAGUGCAAGAAAAAACACAAUGUCCCUUUUGGGCCGAGGAAACCACCUUUGAUGUUCCUCGUGAGUUUCACCAGCUAUCGUUCUACAUCCAUGAGAAAGACUGGUUGAAACGGUCGGACAGUGUCGUGAAGAAGGUGGCACUGAGACGAGAUGAAUUACCAAGGUAUCAUGGGAAGGAUCAGUGGUUUCCGUUACAAGCUGUGGACUCCGAUUCAGAAGUUCAUGGGCAGGUAGAGGUAGAGGUUCGGACGAGGGAGGUUCUUGGAGGUGACGAGACCAAUACGAAGAAACUCAUCGUCAGAGUUCUAGAAGGGAACGGUCUAACAAUUAUCAACAACCAAUGUGAUCCUUAUGCAACAGUAACUUUCCGAAACGAAACAAAAAGGACGAAAAUACGGAGGAAAACGGUGAAGCCUUGCUUUGAUGAGGCAUUUCACUUUGAGCUCCCGAGGGGAAACGGCACGGGUAUGACUGGGGAUUCUAAGAAUAACUACAGCUUACAAGACGAUAUCAAUAAAUAUGAAUUGAAGAUUGCAAUGUGGAAUUCAGCAACUCUUGGUGAAGGUGUAUUUAUUGGAGAGGUUCGACUGAUUCUAGGAACGAUAGAUCUAUCUGCAGGUGUACACAAAGCUUGGUAUUUUCUGAAGCCAAGAGAGAACAGUAAGCUUGGUCGGACGGACCUAGGCUCGUUGAGAGUACGUAUCAACUAUCAACAAGAUCAUGUCUUACCAUCGCAGUACUAUGAACCUGUUAUGGAUAUACUACUUCAGUCACCAGAGAUUGAGCCUACCUCAGCCAGUGCCAUCCAGAUCCUUGGUGAUCUAGUCAAAGAUAAAGUAGAAGCAGCUAAACCACUCAUCCGGUUAUUCCAUCAUCACAACAUGGUCAUUCCACUCAUCAAGACACUAGUGCAACAUGAAGUUUCAGACACAAGUGACCCCAACACAAUCUUCCGAGGUAAUUCCCUCGCCUCCAAGUGCAUCGACGAGUUCAUGAGAAUGGACGGACUCCAUUAUCUGUACGACACGUUACGAGAUUUACUCGAGAAUAUCUAUGAAGAGAAGAAGCCCUGCGAGAUCGACCCAUCCAAACUUAAAGAUAACGAAAGUCUGGAGACCAACCUUGGCAAUCUACGUCAGUACGUUGAGCAAGCCUACCAAGCCAUUAUAGACUCUGCUAUAGGAUGCCCUAGUGCUCUGUGUGAAUGCUUCUACGCAAUCAAGGAAGCUGCACAAACGAGAUUUCCAGAUGACUGCGUCGUGAAAUAUUCGGCAGUCAGUGGUUUCGUCUUCUUAAGGUUCUUCGCUCCUGCCAUCCUUUCCCCAACACUUUUUCAUCUCAGAACAGAUAGUUGUGAUGAACAAACUGCCAGAACACUCAAGAUGGUAUCCAAGGCAAUCCAGACCCUGGGUAACCAUGUUAAUCCUGACAAACUAAGUAAUGUGAAUUGGAAGGAGGAAUACAUGAGUCCAUUGUACACAAACAUUCUAAAUGAAGCCAAUAUGGAUGGAAUCAAGAAGUUUUUGGAGGUGAUCUCAUCAUCAACCCAAGCACAAGUCAAGGCAAUUGAAGUUCCAAUAACGUUAAAAGAAGGGAUAAUGAUCAAACGAGCGCAGGGGAGGAAAAAGUUUCUUGGAUUCGGUCUAAAGAACUUCAAAAGGAGGUGGUUUCAGCUUACAAAUCACGAAUUGACAUACAGCAAAAGAAAAGACAGCAAGCCUCUAUGUAGGAUAGCAAUCAACAACAUUCUUGCCGUUGAAAGACUGGAAGAGGACUCGUUCCAAAUGAAAUUUAUGUUCCAGGUUGUGCAGCCAGAGAGGGCGCUCUAUAUCCAAGCCAAUAACUGCGUGGAAGAAAAAGAGUGGCUGGACAUUCUGUUCAAUAUCUGUAAAACAAACAAGAACAGACUCCAUUUCUAUCACCCCGCUGCCUUCAAAAACGGACUCUGGAUAUGUUGUAAAUCCAUGAUCGAGACUGCCCAGGGAUGUAAACAAGUAACCGGUGGUCUACCUAUAACCAUUACACUAGACAUUGACCCUGACAGAGAGGUUGAAAGAAUCCAGCGAUUAUUCAUGGCACAAAUACAGAGACUUCACUCAUUACAAGAUGCCUGUGCAACACAAGCUGUCUACCAAGGCAUCCCAUCAAAUACAUCUCCCAUCAGUAUUGAAGAUCCUAAGACGUGUUUUUCUACGGUUAGUUCUCUUCUGUCUGAGAUCUUAGCCCUUGAGCAGAAACAUAAACAGUAUGAGCAGAUGAGGAAACGACUCACUGAGUAUGGAAGCAAACAAAGUCCCAUCGGAGAUCAUAACUUCAACUCGUUUCACUGACAACGGAGCAAAUGGUACAAUAAAUUAGACACAAGCCAAAGAUGAUAAUAAAGUACUUCACCGUUCAAAUUUACUAUGAAACAACUGUGUGUGAGAACGACAAUUUUUAUACAAGUAUGAACAGACUAAAACUUUAAUACCAAAAUGUUUUUUGGGAAUUCGAGUCCAUCGAACCUUGCAGCCUCUAGAUGUGAUAAGAUAUAGAUGAACUGACCUCAUUCCAAACUUGAUUUUUCAGUACUUAAAGGUAGGGUCGUAGAUUGGUCAUGACUCCAAAAAUGAAUGACUCUAAGCACUUACUUGGUGAGAAGCGUUGCAGCUGGAGAGUAGUUUAUGGAAUGUUUCUAUCCUUAUUAGUUGGUUUGCGGUAACACUAUGUGUGUAUCUACUUGCCAGGUAGAGUUUGUUCUUAUAUUAGAGAACUGUCUCUCUU